AUGACGCAAAACGGUGCCGCGGUGGUCGCCACGACGGAGGUGAGUCGCGACACUGCGGUGCAGCGCACGAACGACGACAGCGUUGUGAGCAAACGCUCGGCGGUGUUCCAUAACUACUUUAAGGACCCGUAUUUGCGUUACUUUGUGCGGAAGUUGGCCCGGCGCUCGCCGCUGAUCAAUCGCGGCUACUACCUGCGCAUGCUCGUUAUCACCGACCUCGUCGAGAGAUGCAUCCGCCACCUCCAAGGCACUGCCGCCAGCGCUGGACCCGUGCAGGUUGUCUCGCUUGGCGCCGGCUACGACACUCUCGCCAUGCGCCUUAAAGAUGCGCCCCAGUACGCCAAUGUGCACUUUUACGAGAUUGACUUCCCGUCGGUUAUGCAGUCCAAAUCCGACUUGGUGCGGGCCGCUCCAAAAGGCGCCUUCCCGGAGGACUUGAUGGCGGAGCCGGCGCACGAGCUGGUGAAGCUGCAGGGAAACAACUACCGUGCGAUUGGGGUGGAUCUGCGCAACACGGAACACGACCUCAUCGCCUCACUGAUGCAGGCGUCGCCAGAUUUCUCCCAGGCGCAUCCCACGGUGCUCUUCGCCGAAUGCGUCAUGCAAUACAUGCCCCCGUCUUCCGCCGCUGACCUCAUCAAGUGGGCGGCAUGCGCUUUCCCAAGGGCUAUUUUUCUUGCGUACGAUCAAGUGAAUCCGUCAGACAGCUUUGGUAACGUGAUGCAGGUUUCCCUCCGUUCGAAGGGCAGUCCAUUACUUGGCCUUGCGGAAACACCUGGUAGGACAGAAAUGCUUCGCCGUGCUUUUGCGUGUGGUAUGCAGGAAGCGCGGUUUGCCAACUUUCACGACCUUUCACAAUAUUAUCUAACGGGGGAUGAGCGGCAGCGCGUGGAGGCACUUGAGCCAUUUGACGAAACGGAAGAAUGGUGCGAGAUGUGUGAGCACUACGGCAUCACCAUGGCUGCAACGUCGCAUGAAAUUGGCAUGCCUGCCCACCCAGCAUUUACGGAAACACCAAGCGAGGCUGUGACAGAGGCCUCACAGACAACGCCGCAGGUCGCUGCGCAUCUUGAGAGGUGGCCCACAAGUCGCUUUGGUUUUGAAGGUUGGGGCAAUGGACAGGCAUUUGCAGAGGAGCUUCCGUCUGGGGGUCUGGUCUUUGUGUCGUUUGGUGGCUUCUCCGCCACACGAAGCCAUCAGAGGACGAACACAGUGUAUGUUCAUAGUCUUUCUGAGGGUGACUACAAAGUCACCGCUGCAGCUUCCGGUGUGGAGCCACCUGCCCUCGUGUUUCACUCCUUCAGCCGCGUGGCACGCGGGGAGUACGUGGUGCUCGGUGGCCGCACAAAUCCCAAGGAGGUCACGAUGGAUGCGUACCUGCUACAGCUGGACUUGCCCGAUAAGCUGGAGCUGAUGCAGAAAAAACAUCUCGUGGCUCGCUGGUCAAAACUCGAGCCUGUGGCAGAAGCUGGUGAACUACCGGAGGCGCGCUACCGUCACGCCGCGAUUGUGGUGGGGGACAAAACAGCAAAAUCGCAGCGGUGCAUUUUUGUCUUUGGAGGCCGCAGUGGAGUAGGUCAUUGCUUGAACGAUGCAUGGAUAGCGACGCUUUGCGGCGGGACGAUGCGUUGGAGGCGUUUGCCGCUUGCAGGUGAAAUUCCCCCGCCGUCUUGUUCCAGUGCCGUGAUUGAGCUCCGUUCCACUCCCGCCGUGUUGCUCAGCGGUGGCCUGUUGGCAGGCGAUGCCUGCGAGGGUGCUGUGUGGCGCGUGGAUUGGACAACAGGCAACUGUCGCAAAAUGCCAGGCGCGUUGUCGCCGCGUUUCUCACAUGCAAUGUGCCAUGUGAAGGUAAACGGUGUGGCGCGCGUCCUUGUCCUUGGCGGUUCAACCUGUCAGCCACGCGAAGGAGAUCCGUCUGCGCUUCUCCUCGACGCUGAGACAGGCGAGACGGCAGGCGUGCUGGCACUUCCUGCCGACUGCCCAACAUGGACGCGGCACUGCUGCAUUUCACUGGACGAUGAUGUUGUGGCGGUUAUUGGCGGUGGUUUCACCUGUUUUUCCUUUGGCACCUUCACCGCCAAGCCGAUGCUGCUCUUCCUGGGCGACAGGAGCGACUGGCACGUGCCCAAGCGACCCAAAACUGCCGUGGCGUCAUCUCAGUUGUCUCCGUCCCUGCGUCUCGCGCUUAAACGGCCUCAGGUCGAGGAGCAGCCGUUUAGCAAAGAAGCCUUUUUGGCACUUGUGCGCCAACCAAAUAAACCAGUCGUCUUCCGCAACGUUGGCCUGGGCCGCUGCGUGGAUGUUUGGGCAAAUCCGACGUACUUGAAGGCAACGGAGGGUAACAUGAUGGUUUCGGUGCACGUUGCUAGGGAAACGCACUUGCUUGACUUUGUUAAGAAGAACUUUACGUUCCAGCACGUUUCGUUUGCAUCGCUGGUGGAUCACUGCGUGGCGGCGACGGGGAGCCCUCAAAAGGCGGAAGCAGAGGCCUGGUACCUUCGCGCGGUGGCGCCUAACAUGAAAACGGAACGCGCAAAUGUAUGGAAGGAUUUCCCAGGCUUGGGAAGCGACUUUGUGCUGCCACCCGCCGUUGCGGAACACAUUGAGCCCCGCAUGCAUCAAGCCUGUCUUCGUCUGAAUGCACCCCCGCUGCAACUGUGGACGCAUUACGACACCCUGGACAACGUUCUUUGCCAGGUUGUGGGAAGAAAACGUGUCGUCCUUUUUCCUCCUAGUGAGUACAAUAAUCUCUACAUGAGCGGCAGUUCCUCGGCUGUGCUGAACAUUGACGCACCGGAUUUGGACCGAUUUCCUCGUUUUGCAGACGCAUGCCGCCAUUCCACGGAGGUUGUGCUGGAGCCAGGGGACAUGCUCUUUAUACCGUCCCUCUGGUUUCACCACCUCACCACAAUGGAGGGAAGCUACUCUAUCAGCGUCAACGUCUUCUUUGAGCGGUUCCCCCGCGAAGAUUAUGAUAAAAAGGACUUGUACGGAAACAAAGACCUCCCGGCGGCGGCGCGACUGCGCAAGCGCGUCGUGGAACACGCGCAACAGCUCGUUUCUAAUGCCUGCAGGGAACGCACAAGUGAUGGACAGCCACUACCACCAGAAUUUGUCGAAUUUGCGCUGCGGCAGGCAAUUCAGGACCUUGAGGAAAUAGCUGAUGACAUGGCGGCCGCUCAAAGUGGCGGCAAUAGUCAUGCACAACUUGACUGCGCUCAUGGCGGUUUCACAAAAGAUGAAUAG